AUGUUGACCAAAUUUGUGGGACGUUUAAACAGCGUGAAAUCUGCUCAACUAAUUGGGAUAAGACUCUUUUCAAUCCCAAGGAGCCAAGCACUUCAACAAUCUGCAUCUUCGAGCUCUGCUAGCAAGAGUCCUUCACUGAAUAGAACUCAACUUAAAAAACCCACCACCACCCGUCAAGUGACCAUUGACAGAGAAUUACCAGACCCUUUCGCAUUUAAAAAGCAAAAUUACUAUUACUUCACUUGUUAUGGUCUUGGAGUAUUCUUUGCGUGCGUUUUCAUCUUCAACUACGAGAAAACUACAUCUCCUGUUAUAAAUUCUGUGAUGUAUUUCCUUAGGCGUUCAAACUAUGCCUUAUCUGCCUUGGGUGAUGAUAUCACAUUCGCCUAUCAGUGGCCUUGGAUUUGGGGUACUUUAAACACAGUUAGAGGUGACGUAGAUAUACAAUUUGAUGUCAAGGGGUCUAAGGCUUCUGGUGUCUUGUACCUUGUUGCAAACAGAGAAUCAAAGCAAGAACAAUUCAAAGUGCGUAAAUGGCUUUUGAAAAUCAACGAUGAGAGAAAUACAAAUAUCGAUUUAAUGAAGGACCCAUCAAUUCAGUUGGGACUUUAG